AUGGAGACCUUUGUUUUUUUGUUUUCCUUUUCUGCCCUCGGCGUGCUGUACUGUAUGAACACUUUUCCUGCGCUUCAAGAGCCAUAUGUGAUACUGGUGAUCGGAAUUGCCGUACUGGUUCUAGUCUUCAUCUUCUACCUCCUCAUUACUCGCCGCAACCCACCCAAGGAUGCCUUGUUCUUUGUAUUUGCAGAAUUUUCCUUCACAUGUGUUAUCGACCUGACUAGUGCCUUGGAGUAUGAUGGCGUCAUCUCUGGGUUUAUGGAGUUCUAUCGUAAAACAGGCGAGCCUUACCUCGGCACAGCUUAUGCCAUUAUGAUGUGUUACUGGGAUGGAAUUGCUCAUUUUAUCAUGUACCUCAUCAUGAUCAGCAAAAUAAUGGACAGUAAAGGAUACCGCACGCUGGGUCUGUUCUGGGCCGGAUCCUUGUGUGCCAACAUGAGCGUGUUCAUCACUGGCAUUGUGGCAGGGAAAUACGGUGCCGAGAUCCGUCCGGCUUUCUGGCUCAACUUCCUCUUCCUGUUGAUGCCCGCAUGGGGAGCGAUCACACUGUUUGCUCGACCCAAGGACAGGCCACUGACUGGGGGAUAUAAUGCUCAGCACGCUCAGAGCAUGAAGCUCAUCUGGCGCCCUUUGGAUCUGAUACUGGUGCUUCUCCUGCUGGCCGCUAUGGCCUUCACUAUCCUCCGGGGCCUGGCAGCUCUAGAUUCCCCACUCAGCGCGUGUUCAUUCUACAUGAAACACUAUGAGCCCUACUUGCUGGAUCCGGUGGGCUACCCAAGGGUGAUGAUGUUGCACUUGUUCUUCUAUGGACUACCACUGCUGGCAGCGUUUGUUUACGGUCUCCUCAAACCAGGCUGCACGUGGAUGCCUGACCUAACUGUGUUCUUUUCAGGAGCGAUGAUCCAGUGCCAGUGGGCUCACAUUGGGGGAUCCCUUCACCCUCACACAAAAGCCCCAUUUCGCAUCCCAAGUGAUGUGAUCUGGCCUGUACUGGCAGUCAACAUACUGUAUGCCAUCACUCCUCUCCUGGUGGUUCUUCGUGUGCGUGGCAACACCCAUUUCUUUCUUCGGGUCGCUCCCUUCCCCGGGCAAACGGGCCUGCCGAAUAGCGAGGAGAAAGAUACUAAGUACAAAAAAAAAUAG